CGACGUCAUUCAGCAGUACCAGCCCACUGCUGCAGUCCCACAGCAAGCACAAGUCUGAACUUUUCUCAACGCCGAUAGAUAACAAACCGGGUUGAUUAAGGAAAGAGUGCAACUGCACUUUUAUACUCUCAUUAAGGUUAAUUGCAAGUGGAGUAAUGUCAUUUUGUUCCUUCUUCGGUGGUGAGGUCUUUAAAGACCACUUUAAAACUGGGUUGUAUGUGUGUGCCCAGUGUGGACACCAGCUGUUCUCCAGCAGAUCUAAGUAUGAGCAUUCCUCCCCCUGGCCUGCCUUCACUGAGACCGUCCUCCAGGACAGUGUGUCCAAGCACGAGGAGAGACCUGGGGCAUUCAAGGUGAGAUCCUCUCACUUUGGGUGUGGAGUUGCAUUGGACCAGAGUUGUGAAGUUUAUCUUCGGUACAGAUCUAAGAUCAGCAAAGCUUCCCCUUCCCCAAUCUUAUCCAUUAGUGGGGGAAAUUCAAAACUAACCCAAGAUCAUUGUCUAUGGCAGUGGUCACCAACCGAUUGACAGGUCACCAACCGA